AUGUGGCCGAUGCUUGGCCUUGGGUUGGCUGCUUACCUUCUGUACAGCGUGGUCAACUCAUUGAUCCGCUUCCGCCGCAACGUGAACAAGGCGAAACAAUCCGGCAUCCCGUAUGUCGUUGUUCCGGUAUACUAUCUCAGCACCUGGUGGCUCAUCAGCCACCCAUUAUGGCUGCCAUUUCUUGCCAGGCUCCCCAGCAGCUGGACCAAAUGGGUCGACUUCUGUGUCCCAGAUUUCUGUUACCGGCGCAGUAUCGAGGUCUUCCAGCAGGUCGGUUCUGAUACCUUUCUUGUAGUCGGACCUGGAGGUAUCAUGAUGCACACUGCCGAUCCCGCCGUUAUCAGCCAGAUCACUACCAGGAGGAAUGAUUUCCCCAAGCCCACACCUAUUUACCGGUCCCUCGACAUCUACGGUAAAAAUGUCGUGUCAACCGAGGGCGCGGUCUGGCGACAGCACCGCAAAGCCACCAGCCCGCCCUUUACGGAGAAGAACAACCACCUCGUCUGGGCGGAGAGCAUCGACCAAGCUUCAGACAUGCUGGCUUCGUGGGUUGGACCAGAAGGAAAAGGCGACAUCACGGUCGAUCGGGUCAUGGAUGAUACCAUGCGCCUUAGUCUCUAUGUUAUUAGCAGAGCUGGUUUUGGGAGGAAAUUGGAAUGGCCUUCUGCCGAUGCCGAGGCCGAUGUCGAUGUGAACUAUGUUGACAAGUCCAAGAUCCAGAAUGACCAGGGUGAUCGAGAUCGUGGGCAUUCGAUGAGUUACACCUAUGCCAUCCACUGCUUGCUGGACAAUAUUCUGGUGCAGUUUCUCCUGCCUCGGUGGCUGAUCAAGAGCAUCCCGUCGACGUCGUUCCGGAAGGCCAACGAGGCCUAUUAUGAAUGGGGAAAUUAUAUGAAAGAAGCGGUAGAAUCCAAAAAGAAGACACUGGAAGCAGGAAAUGAGAACAGCAAGGACCAAAUGGAUCUGUUGGCUCAGCUGGUCAAAGGUCAACUGACAAGCGAGAAGAGCAAAGAUGUUUCCCUCACGGAUUCCGAAGUGCUUGGAAACAUGUUUGUCUUGAUCCUUGCAGGACAUGAAACUGCCGCCAAUUCUAUCCACUUCUCCCUGCUCUACCUAGCACUCUAUCCGAAGAGCCAGCGGGCCACCCAAAAGGAUCUGGAUCGGAUAUUCCAGGGAAGGCCUCCCUCUAAGUGGGAUUAUGAUCGUGACUUGCCUGCUCUUUUUGGCGGUAUGGUUGGUGCGGUAUUGGCAGAAGAGCUGCGGCUGGUUCCGCCUGUUAUAGGAAUACCAAAGUCGACCUGGGGGGUUCCUGAUCAAUCGAUCACGAUUGAUGGAAAGACAUGCACGGUCCCCAGUGGAGUCUAUAUCAGCCUAGCGACAGGCAAUGUUCAUCGGAACCCCAAGUAUUGGCCCACCAGCAAACCCUCUUUGCCCGGUGGGAAGGUCGUGCAUCCCGCGGCGAACCUCGACAAUGACCUUGAGGAAUUCCAUCCGGAGCGGUGGCUCUUGGACGAAAGUAGCGAGGUGGAACAGGUGCCGGCCAAUGAUAAGAAGGAAAUGCCUAAUGAGACCAUUACUGCAGAUGGCUUGGGUAUCAACGAGGCAGCGGACACUUCGGAACGGUUUUACCGGCCACCCAGAGGGGCAUAUCUACCAUUCAGUGACGGGUAUCGCGCUUGUCUCGGAAGACGCUUUGCUCAAGUCGAGGUAUUGGCCACCCUGGCAGUCAUUCUACAGAAUUACUCGGUCGAACUAGCCGUCGACCAGUGGGCAACAGACGACGAGGUCAUAGCCAUGGACGAGAAUGCUCGCGUGGAGGUCUGGCAAAAAGCUGCCCAGCGAGCGAGAGACUUGAUGCUCAACGGCCUCAGCGUCAUCAUUUCUCUACAGAUGAGAGCUGGACACGUCCCUCUACGAUUUGUGCCGCGAGGGAAGGAGAGGUUUCCUGAUGAUGUGGAUGACAAGUGGAAGAGCAAGCAUCCUGAUUUAUGCGAGGGAGCGCGGGCGACUCCUGGCUGGAGAUUCUGGGCUUCCUGA